UGGCUAAGUCACUCCCAUAGAUGUACAAGGCUAAAGAAUUUCUGCAUAUAUGUCGGCACUCCUCUUUAUAUUAUCAAUCCAUCAUAAUUUCAAGGCUUAAGUUAAGUUAUAAGAAGAGGAUGAGAGCUUCUGAUAUUUUAAGAACCACCUGUAGCUUGUUUCUGCUUAUGUUGCUAAUGUGCAUGGUAGCAAUAAAUAAGGUUGAAGCACAGUUUGGGGAUCUUCCUGAAAAUGAAGUGGAAGCUCUACGUGAAAUAGCAAAACAAUUGCGGAAAGAAGACUGGAAUUUUAAUGUAAGCCCCUGCAGUAAUCAUUCAAGCUGGAAGACACCAAAAUCUGACAACAUGCCGUUGUACAACAAUACUCUCAACUGCAAUUGCACAGUCCCGGAUGGCAUAUGCCAUGUUGCUGAAAUAUUUCUCAAAGGGCAAGAUCUUGCCGGUGUCCUUCCAUCAGCAAUUUUGAAGCUACCUCAUCUUAAGACACUUGAUCUGACUCGUAACUACCUUAGUGGCAAUAUACCACCUGAAUGGGCUUCUUCAAACCUAAAAUAUCUAUCUCUUUGUGUGAACCGCUUAACAGGAAUGAUUCCAAGUUACUUGGGAAACAUGACCUCGCUUAUAUACUUGAGCCUUGAGAACAAUCUCUUUAAUGGACCUGUUCCUCCUGAGCUUGGAAACUUGGGCAAUUUGGCGAAUCUCAUUCUUAAUGCCAACAAUCUUACCGGAGAAUUACCUCCGGCUCUCACUAAAAUAACCAAGUUGGAAGAACUUAGGAUUAGCAGCAACAACUUCAGUGGAAAAAUUCCCAGUUUUAUUCAGAGCUGGAAAGAACUUAAGAUUCUAGAGAUGCAAGGUAGUGGUCUUGAAGGGCCUAUUCCCUCUAGCAUUUCUGCCUUGAGUAAUUUAUCUGAACUAAGGAUUAUUGGCUUACGUGGGGAAGGUUCUAAAUUUCCAAAAUUAGCAAACAAGGCAAAUAUGAAGUAUUUGAUGUUGAGUAACUGCAAUAUAUCUGGUCUUCUACCUCCCAAUUUAACACAAAUGCCAAAUCUGAAAGUUUUAGAUCUCAGUUUCAACAGGUUGGUAGGAGAUCUUCCGACAAAUUUUGAAGGUGGACCACACAUGGAAAACAUGUAUCUGACAAGCAACUUUCUAACCGGGCGCAUUCCAGACUGGAUCAUCCAGCAAAACAAUCGCAUCACAAUAGAUCUUUCUUACAAUAAUUUUGCUCGAAGUUCUGUGCCCUCUACUUGUCGAGAAACACUGAACUUGUUCAAAAGUUCUUCUGGACAGUCAAGCAAAGUGGCUGACGAGUGCUUGAUUAAGCUUCAAUGUUCAAAAGUGAGAUAUUCAGUUCACAUAAAUUGUGGGGGAGAAGAAACCACCAUUGGUAGGACUAUCUACGAAGGAGAUGAAGUGGCAGGAGGCGGAGCAAAAUAUGUUCCCGGCCAAGAAGAAUGGGAAGUUAGUACUACUGGACAUUUUUGGGAUGUAACUACAUCAUCAGAUGAUUACAUAGCUAAAAAUGUGUCCGUUCUCAAGAUGAAAAACAAUGAAUUAUACACAAGAGCACGCCUUUCUCCUCUCUCCUUGACGUAUUAUGUUCGUUGCCUAGCGAAUGGGAAUUACAGGGUAAAGCUUCACUUUGCAGAGAUAGUUAUCAGGGAGAAUAGCUCCUUCCACAGUCUUGGUAGACGGAUAUUUGAUGUUUAUAUUCAGGAUGAAGUUGUGUUGCAAGAUUUUGAGAUAAAGAAGGAAGCACAAGGAGUUGAUAGAGUGCUCAUUAAGGAAUUUAAAGCAGUUGUAGAGACUGGAACUUUAGCGGUCCUCUUUCGUUGGAAUGGGAAAGGGACAACAACAGCCCCGAGGAAAGGAACAUAUGGCCCUCUCAUAUCUGCCAUUGAUGUGGAAUCUGAAUCCAAGCCUCCUAAUGAGAGCAAGAGAAAUAAACUCCUUGUGGGUGGAGCUAUAGUUUUCUUCAUUUUCAUUGUUGCAGGCAUUCUUCGGUGGAGAGGUUAUUUGGGAGGCAGGAAAUUAAGGGACCCAGAGCUCGUAGGGUUAGAUCUGCAAACUGGCAUGUUCACCUUCAGACAAAUUAAAGCUGCCACUAAUGACUUUGAUCCAGCAAACAAGAUCGGAGAAGGUGGUUUUGGACCCGUGUACAAAGGAAUAUUAUCAGAUGGAACAAUUGUUGCAGUUAAGCAGCUGUCUUCAAAAUCGAAGCAGGGAAAUCGAGAAUUUGUGAAUGAGAUAGGCCUGAUUUCUGCUUUACAGCAUCCAAAUCUCGUAAGGUUGUUCGGAUGCUGUGUUGAAGGGAGACAAUUGUUGUUGGUAUAUGAGUACAUGGAAAACAACAGCCUUGCACAUGUUUUGUUUGGUAAAAAGGAAGGCCAAUUGAAUUUGGACUGGCUUACAAGGCAUAGGAUUUGUGUUGGCAUAGCAAAAGGUCUAGCUUUCCUGCACGAGGAAUCCGCCAUCAAAAUUGUUCACAGAGACAUCAAAACUACUAAUGUACUCCUAGAUGCUGAGUUGAAUCCUAAGAUAUCCGACUUUGGUUUGGCCAAGCUUGAUGAAGAGGCGAACACCCACAUCAGCACAAGAAUUGCUGGAACUAUAGGAUAUAUGGCACCAGAAUAUGCAUUAUGGGGUCACUUAACGUACAAGGCAGAUGUUUACAGUUUUGGGGUUGUAGCAUUGGAAAUUGUUUCAGGGAAAAACAACAUGAAACGCCGUCCUGAUGAUGAUUUUGUUUGCCUCCUAGACUGGGCUCUAGUUUUACACCAGGAUGGAAAUCUUAUGGAGCUGGUUGAUCCAAGAUUGGAUUUGAAAUCCAAGUUUGAGAAAGAAGUACUCAGAGUGAUUGAAGUAGCAUUGUUGUGCACAAACCCAUCACCAGCAGUUAGGCCUGCAAUGUCUACAGUAGUAAGUAUGCUUGAAGGGCGAGGAGAGAUUCAUAAUUUGGCAAUUGAUCCCAGUUUGUAUGGAGAUGAGUUUAGGUUCAAGGCCAUGAGAAAACAGUAUGAUCAAAUUUUGGUUGAGGGCUCACGUGAAACUCAGUCGCUUGUCAAUUCAUCAGAUACAAUAUGGGCUGGUUCGUCAUCAGCAUCCGCUCAGGAUCUUUACCCAUUCAAAUCUGAUACCUCCAUAUAAAUAUUUAUCGCAAAACACAAAAUUGCUAGCUUUAUCGAUUGCAUAUUUCUUUUCUUCACUUUUCUACUUUGGAGUAACUCAAAAUCAUAUAUGUUAAUUUCUGUUUAUAACAAUGUAAUAAUUAGAGAUAA